AUGGCGCUGAUAGCACUCAACGCCGGAGCAGAGGACUUUCUACCGGAGCAGCACACGGGCUUCCGCCGCCACCGCUGCACAGCGGACUGUAUUGCGGAUGUCGUCUCCACUCUCGAGAAUGCCAGGAGUAAAGGAGAGGUGGCGCUUCUCGUCCUGCUAGACGUACAGAGUGCCUUCGAUGGACCGCCACGUGCGGUUAUUGAGAGUGCUCUGGACGCUCUUGGCAUCACGGGCCACCUCAGAGCCUUCGUAAGCGCCUUCCUCUGCCAGCAGACCUUCCGGGUGCGUGUCGAACGGGCCAGCAGCGACCCCAGGGCAGUGACAGCGGGUGUGCUACAGGGUUCCGUUCUGAGUCCCUUCCUAUUCAACCUAUUGAUGGCGGCACCAUUUACGCUACCGGUGGAUAAGCGCUUCCCUACACAGUGCUCGUUGUAUGCAGACGACGUGGCACUGUGGGUGAGGGGACCCAGACGGAACUUCACCGCCAUCAGGACGUCUAUUCAACGCUCCCUGAACGCGGUGGCCUCCUUCAGUGUGACGAUCGGGCUCACCCUGUCGCCAACAAAGACGGAGGCUCUGCUGGUACACCCAAGGACUGCGGCCGUGCAACGCGUCAAAAGGCUGGUGCUCGAGGGACGGUUGAUACCAUGGAACAAGGAGGUGACAUAUCUGGGGCUGAAGAUUGAUCACCGCCUCACAGGGCUGCCGGCUACCAGAGCUGCUAUCACCAAGGCCGUGAGAGUGCAGAAGGGUGUUGGAAAGUUGUUGUGCCGUGGCCGAGGCUGCACACCACGACCGGCCCUGCGACUGUACCACGGAGUGGCAACGGCGGUGCAAACAUAUGCACUGCCCCUGGUUCAGCUGGCGCCAUGUCGAAGAGAGCAGCUGGAGCUACAGCACCGCCAGGCAAUCCGGCACUUUCUCGGACUCCCACGCCAGUCACGGGUGGCUGCUUCACUGGCUGAGGCUGGUAGCUGGCCGCUGUCACUCACUAUGCUGCGACAGUCCCUCAAUCAUGUAGACCGUCUCCAUCGAGCCCCUGGGGGUUCCGCCCUCCUUCAAAGACUCCGGAACCGGCCUGCCUCACGCAUGGGAAGAAUCUGCGCGCUCUACGAGGAGAUGGUACCUCAGCCCCCCAUCAGAGUUCAGCCCCUUCCACCUCUCCAACAGCCCCUUCACGUGCACUUAGAGCUGGACAAGCUCAGCAAAAGGCGAACUCCGGCGUGUGAACUCUAG